AUGAGUUCUAUCCGAAAUAAAUUAAAGGGUAAAAGUGGAGAAAAGUUCUAAAAAGUUGUUUAGAAACAACUUAAAGUAGUAGAGAAGAAUGUAAAUAUCAAUAAUAAUGCUAACUAUACAUAAAUAGUAGCUGACAGCUAGAGAAAUAACAAAGAGAAUGGUAUUUCCAGUCUCAAAGAGAGCGAUAAUUAAAUUUUGCAAGAAAUGCAGAUCGAAUCAAAUGGUAAAAUAGAUGAUGAUCAAGGAUUACUUCUGAAAAGCGAUGUUGACUAGUAAAAGACAGAAAUAGAAUUGCAGAAAAUCAAAGAAGGAGAAAAAGAAAAGGAUAAAGGUAAACAAGAUAAAUUCGAAUAAGCUUUAAAUAAAUAAGGCGAUAUUCCAACUGAUAAUGGAAAGACAAACGUAUAAGAAAAGAAAGUGAAAGAAAAAAGACAUAAAAUUAAAGGCUUCAAAACCAGAGGAGGAAAAGACAAUAAAAAUAACAAAGAUACUUCAACACAGUAAGAUUCAGUUGAUGUAGCUAGCAGCACGAUUAAAAAAGAAGUAAAAACCGAAAUAAAAUAAAAUGAUUUGCUAUAAGAAAAGGCCUUAAAGAUGAAACUUUAAUAAUAGUAGCUUGAAACUAAGAAAAAAUAUGGUAAAUAGGACUAGACGCAAAAAUCAGAAUUUUCUAUAAAGAAUUUAUUUAUUGAUAACCUCUUAAUUAGAAAAUCAUGGAGAAUAUUGUUGUUAGUACUAAUAGUAGCUUUAAUUUUAGCUCUAAUAGUAUUAUUUUAUUACUCAUUUGGUUUCAUUAGAGGAUCUUUAAUGUUAGGCAAUAAUGAGAAAGUGGUCAUGAAUUUAGAGAGCUGUUCUUUAAUGGUUUAUGACUAUUCUCUUAAAAGUAAAUAUACUUUAGAUGUUAACUUUUUGUCUGCUUCUCUUUCUAUACCAAGCUCAGUAGCUUCUGACUAGAACGUGUAUCUUUAAUACAUAUUUCCUAACUCUCCUUUAUAAGAGAACAGCAGUAAAUUUUCUCAAAGCCAAAAUAAUGGAAUUAAGACCCUAGAAUUCAAAAAUAAAUUAAAUAGCUAUGAAUGUGAAAUCGUUAUGUUCGUUUAUAAAUAAACUUAGUUUUAAUCUCUGGAUAUCAACUGCGGUGAUAAGAGCCAAUGCAACAUUAUUUUUUACUCAUAAUAAUUGAGCACAACUACUAUGAACAUUAAGGGUUUAAAUGUUUAAAUGAAUGCCCCUUACCUAUAGGCUGAUGCAUUCACUUACUUGAGUAUGAAAGGAUCAAUAGAAAUACCCUUCUUUGUUUUUAAGACUGCUAACAUAAAUACUAGAGAAGGAGAUAUUUCAGUAUAAUCUACAAGCGAUAUUACACUCACAUAUAAAUAGAAAGAUCCCUAUAAUUGUCUUUCUGCUAAGAAAAUUACUGAUUAAUCGAACAACGAAUUGAACUUGGACGAUUAUUAAAAUAGCAUCUAAUUUGAACCAAAUAAAUUAAAAUGUGAUGCGAUUUAUCCAUGGGGUCUCAAAUAAGCUGCUUAGACACCUGAUAAAGUAAUUGAAUAUAGGUGUUAUAGUAAUUCAGUUAUUCUCGUUAACGAUGGUAAGAGUAAAUCUACAUUGACUGCUUCAAAUUCCUAUGGAAAUAUCUUUGUAAAUGUUAUUUCUGCUUAAGGAUAGUUCUCAUAGGCUUAUAGCACAAAUAAUAAUAUUGUAUUUAAUAAGGCAAGCAAAACUGAUAAUUAAGAUAAUAAUAAAAAUAUAGAUUAUAUUAAUUUUUCAAAUUUAGCAAAAAUUAAUUUACUAAAUUAAACCAAAUCAGCAUCUAAUCCUAAAGUGUAUGAUCCUAUGUUUGUAUUUGAAAUUGGUCCUAAAUACACUAGAUCAGCUACAUUCUAAUAAGUUUAAUUUUCAUAUAAUCCUGCUUACAGUUAUAUGAAACCUUAUUGGCUUGGAGAGCUAACUUUGACAUUAAUGACAACUAAAAAAUAUAGUGGUUAGUAUACUAUAUCACCAGGAUUCUGCCCAUAUAUCCCUUCCAUAUCAUUAGAAAGAAUUCAAAGUACUUAGUAAAUGAUAACUAAUUUUAUGCAGUAAAACUCUGCACCAUAAUAAGCUAUAGCAAGUAAUGCAUGGCAGCCAUAUAUUGAUUACCCUCCAUAGAAAUUCGUUUAAACAGAUACUUACAAUGGAUUUAAGGACGUUAGCUUAAAUAGAAAUAGUGAUGAGCAAUGGAUAGGAGUUGAUUCUGAUUAAUCUAAAGAUUACAGUGUUACAAAUUAUGAUGUUUCUUACAGCAGUUCAUUAUAUGCUGCCAUUAUAGUUAGUUGUGUUCUUUCAGGUAUUUUAGGAAUUAUUUUGACGGUUAUUCUAGUCUUUGCCAUUAAUUAAAACUAUAUUUGGGUUCUUAAUCACAUAUCAAGCGUAAGAAAGUAUUCAGAGUUAGAAAAAGGAGGAGCAGGAGAAAUAGAUGAGUCCACUUUAGACAUACACAAGAGACGCUUUUAUCUUGAAUAUAAGGAAGAGCAACAAAAAAAAGAAGAAAAAAUGAAAAAAGCUUUAUAAAAAGCUGGUGAAAAUCCUGAAAAUAAGGAAUAAGGAUUUGUUCCUAAUUAUACAAUUUCCGGUAUAUUUACUUUAUUCUAUUAGCUAAUUUAUCUCUCACCUCCUUUAAGUGCUUUUAUUGACUACGUAGUACUUUUGCUGCACAAAGCAAAACAAAAUUCUAUUAAGGAGUUUUAUAAGCUUCUCUUUAGGUCUAAAAAGCUAAAAGAAUUAAAAGAAAAUGAAGAUGAAGAAAUCCACAGUUUAGAAAAAGAUUAAAUAUUAGGAAACGAAAUGAAGUAACUUUAUGAAAAAUUCUGCUAUCUCAAUCAAUAUCUUGAGAGAAAAUUUGACGAUGAAGAAAAUUUGAAAUAUUUAACAGAAAUGGGUUUUAAAAUUGUCACUAAAUUUGAUGCUUAAACUUAAUAUUUUACUUACAUUAAAUACAAUGGUAAUAUACUCACUGUUUCUGAGUAACCUAAUAAAACAUCAUUAGAUUUAUUUAUAUCCUACUGCUGCAGCCUAACAAAGUUUGAAACUGAUCGCAUCGAAUCUAUAGAAUUAGAAAAUUAUUAUUCAGAAUUCUGCGUUUUGAACCACAUGUCGAAGAUAUAAUUAAAUGAAGGUUCCUUAAAGAGAGAAUAUGGCAUAUCUACUGUUUAUUUACCUUAAUAAUGGGUUGAGAGAGAUGAAAAAUAUGUUGUAUAAAAGCUGAAAAAAAAAUAUUAUAUUGAUAAAAAAAGAGUAGAAAACAAUUUUAAGAUAUUAUUAGCUAAAAACAGCACUUUAUUCAGCAUGCUCUAUGACACUGAAGAUUUCAAGUAAGCAUAAAGAGAUAUAUAGGCAGCAACAGGUUGGUAAUUCUAUGAUUUAAUUACAGUUGUAGCUCACGUUUUAGUUAUGACAUUAAUAGGUUGCCCAUUAAUUGUUUUGGCAAUUUUCAUUAGAGCUUAAUAAUCUUCUUAUUCAUUAAUUCCUCCUAUGAGAUUAAUCUUCUUAGAAACAAUUAAUUAUUACCCUACUUCUUUACCUACCAAGCUAAUAAACGAUAAUUGGCUUGUUUAAGCAAUUACUUACAUCACUUUAAUAUUUUGGGCUCUUUCUUUUUGGGAUUUGAUUUAUUAUUAUGCAAGUAUGGACUUCCCUCAAGAAAAGUACUUCAAUAAAUACAAAAAGGUAGGUAAAUUUAGAAAAUUCUUAUCAGGUAUUAUGUGGAUCAUUGUUCUCAUCUCUUUUUACACAUUUGCAGUAUAUUUUUCAUUGGUUGCUGUUUGGUUAAUGUUGAGUGCUAUCAUCAAUCCAAACGCUUUCUUACCAUACGCUACUUCUGCUGCAACAUUUGUCACUUUAGUAGCAAAAAAAUACAAGGAUUUCCAAGAGAUUUCAUAAAACGGAUUUAAAAUAAUAUCUGAUUAUUUGUAGCAAAUGGCAACAGGAUAAUUCUAAGAUUUACUUUAGAAAAUGAAUAUUUAGGAUAAAAUAGCUGAUAUGGUGCCUACUGAUACAUUAAAAGAUAUCACAGCUGAAGCAUCCAAACUUGGAAUAAUUGAUGCUUCUACAUCAGAAGAAAUUUAAAAUAAUCUUGAAAUUAUGAUUAGAGAUCCCACUUCAGUUUCUAAACUAGGACAAGAGAUCGUUAAAAUUUCUUAAGAUCCUCAAGCAUAUGCUUAGUAAAUUUCUUAAAAGCUUGAAGAUAAAGCAAAAGCUAUAAUUUAACAAUAAAUAAAUACUAUUGAUAAAGAUAUAAGAGAUGAGUUAACCAAUCUCAUUUGGUGUUUGCUGAAAAAUUAAAAAAGUGAGCUUAAAAACUCAAUAAGUUCGUUUGUUAAUGCUCUCAUCAAUCUAUUCUAAAAGAAAUAGGGAUAACAAUUACUUAAAAGCAUAGGCUUCGUUAAUCUUAAAGGACCUGUUUUCGAUUUUGUAUGGGAGUUUGCUUUCCCUCAAGAAAACUUCAAAGGAAAUUACUAAGACCAUUUAAUAAACGUAUUUUGUGUUGCAGUAUCAAAUAUGAUUUCUGUCUGGAAUAAGCAACUCAAAUCAAUCAUCUCAAUAGAAUAAUAAAUAGUUCAAAAACAAAACGAAAAUAAAGAAAAAGGAAAUAAAAAGAUUAAAAAAAACCAAAUUUCUGAAAAAUCAGAAUAAUAGUUACUGAAAGAAAAGCUAUUGAAGGACAUUGAGAAUGCAGAUUCUGCAAUGCAAGCUGAUAUUGGUUAAGAAGACGAACAAGAAAUUGAGCUCACUUCAGAAGAAGCUAUAGCUUAUGCUUAUAAGAAUAUUAUUUUUUCAGUAAUUUAGAUAUGCCGCUCGAUGUAAUCAAGUAACAGUGAAGUUAUUUUGAAUUAAAUUCUAAAUCUUGUAUAGAAUGGAAGCAAGCUUCCAGGUUUUGAUGGACUCAACUAAAUUAAACAAUACUAAGAUAUUUUUAAAAUAGGUUACGCUAUUUUUAAAAAUGAUGGAGAAGUUGACUUUGAAGAGGUCAGCUCUGCUUUUAAAGGAUUUUUCAAAAAUAUUGGCUUGGAAAAUUAAGUAAAGGAAAUAGCAGGAGUUGGUAUUUUAGAUGUACUUAAAAUUGUUGAGGUCAUUAUUUAAAGCUUUAAAGGUCAAAGCAUGCUGAUGUCUAGUAAUACUAUUAAGAAAGCUAUAUAAAAUCUUUUAGGUUCAGUUGAUUUUGUUUCAAAAAGAGCUAUGAUUAGAAAACAAGAAUUUAAGGAUGUAAAGCUAAUGACCUCUGGAGAUGAAUGCUUGAAAAUGAAAGAUGACAUCACAAAUAAUUUAAAUGAAACAAAAGCUGCUAUUAAUGAUUUAGAAUAAUAAAGGAUCAAGACUAAGUAGAACGAAGAAUCAUAUUAAGAAAAAUUAGAAUAUAGUUUAUAUUAUCUCAGAUAUUACUGCAAGGAACUCCUUUAACAAAGAUAAGGUUAACCAGGAUUUAAUUAAGCAAAGGUAGACCAAAUAGAUGGUCUCUCUGGAGAAAAGGUCAUCUAAGAACUAGAAUAAAUUCUAUAAGAAUUAAAAAAAAAUAAUUUAGAUAAAAAAAAAAUUUAUACUCAACAAAAAUAGGAUCUUAUGAAAAAAUAUGCAAAUUUAAAGAAAGAAAAAACAAAAUAGUAAGAUAAAAUGAAUGAUUUGAAUGCCAAAAUAGACUCUCUUUAAAACAAAAUUAGAAAUGACUAAGAAAAUAAUUUGAAAGAAAAAGACAAAAAAGAAAAUUAAAAAGACAAUGAUAUUAAAGAACAUUAAAAAAAAAUUUCUUAAACUAAAUAACUAAUCAAUCAAAAAUCUAUAAGGAUUAAUCAAAUUUAUCAAAUUAAAAUGAGAAACAUUGAAUGGCUAGAGGACUAUGACGAAUACCUAAUAAAAAAAGCCUUAUAAGAAGAAAAAGGUGAAAUAAAUGAAUAUAAUCCUAAUUAAGGAGAUGUUUAAGAGUUUGCAGUAAAUACAAUUCAUGUCAGAAAUCGAUAGUUGAUUUAACACCCUGGAUAAGAAGAAAAUUAGCUUUUUAUCUAAUCUGAAGAAGACUAUGAUAGUGAAUGGGAAAGGUAAUAGAAAGAGGAAGAAAAAUAAUACAUAAAAGAAAUUUAAUAAAUAUUUAAUGAAAAUAGAGAUAUAGAUUCUGAAAUUAACAAAAUCGAAUAAGAAAUUUAUUAACUUGAGGAUUAGAUUAUAUAAACUGAAUAAUAUAUAUAAGAUAUUGAAAAUUAAUAUGCAAGAAAUAUUGAGUAGCUAGAUAAAUAAAAUACUUCUAAAAAAGAAGAAGAAGAGAUAGUAAUACUUCAAAAAAAAUAUGAAAACGAAAAAGACAUUUAUGAUGAAACAGUUAAUAAAAUAUCAGAAUAUAUGGCUUAACAAGAAGAGAUAGAAAAUGAAAUUAAAUAAAACGAUGAGAACAUCAAUCAAUACAUAAACGAUAAUUAAUACUAUAUGGAGGAAUUCAAGUCAAGCUAAAAGGUACUUAAUAAAGCUUACUAAGAUAAAAUUGAAUAUCAUGAAAAAAUAGAUGAUUUAUAAGAAAAAAAAAUAAAAUUCGAAUAAUAUCUGAUUGAUUUGGAACAGAGAUAUAAAAUCAUAUCAGAAGAGCUUAAAAAAAAAAGUAAGCAAGAUGAGGAUAAAGAAAAGUAAAAAGCAAAAAUAGAGGCAUUGGAAAAGGAAGACAACGAUAACUACUUAUCAUCAGGAAUAACAGUUAUGCUUAACUUCUUUAGUGGAUCUAUCUCAGGUUUGCAGGCUGAUUUACUUAAAGAACUUGGUUCCUUCUUUGGUUUGAUUUCUGAUCGUAUAUAAAGUGAAGAGAUAAAAUAAAUGUUUAAGUUCUUGAAAAGUUAAAUUUUAGAUGAUUCAGAUAAUUAAAAAGGAAAGUCGAAUAAUAAGGGAUUAGAAAAAAUUAAUAAUUUUUAGAGCAUUUUGAAUUUGUUAGACAUCUUUUUAAAUGACUCAAUUAUUGCAUCUGACAAAAUUCUUAAGAAUGGUAAAGACAAUCUUUUAGAAAGCGAAGUUGUUAAAUCACUUCAAAUACUCUUUACUAGUAGAUUUGAAGGAUUCACCAAAUAAAAAACUAUUGAUAACUAUUUAAAAGGUUCAGACUUACUUGAACUUAUAUCAAAAGUUAUGAAGAUGAGGGAAGACACGAUCCUAGGGUUCAUGAAAUUUUUAUUUGGUUAAAAAACUUGUAGAGAUGCUCGCACCUUCAUCAAUUUCACUACUUAGUUAAAUAAGAUUAAGGAGGAUAAAGUUCACUCUUUGUUGCAUCUGUAUAAUUUAUACUCUUCUAAAAACCCGAAUGAAUUAUUUGAUGCUCUAAGUUUCUUUUAGGUAACCAAAAAUGUCUCUAACUAAUUUUAAACUAUUACAGUCAAAGAUUUAGUUUCAGUUUUGUUGUUCAUGAGAGGUUCAUUAGAGUUCAACUAUGUAAAAACUAUUAUUGAAGUAAAGUUGAAUCUAGUUUCUGAAAAAGAUAAAAAAGAGUAAAGCCUUAACUAAGUAUUGGAAAUUAAGGAGAGAAUCAAAUCUAAUUAAAAUUUGCCAAGUCAUUUCAAGAAACUUUUCGAAAUAGAAAUUAAGGGGUAUCUUCAAGCAAACACCCUACAAGCAGACUUCAAAGAUAUCAAUAGAAAUUAUGAAAUUCUACUUGAGCAAGCUGAUUUUAAUUUCUUCAAGAAAUUCUCAUCAAUUAGAAAUAUACCAAUAAUUGAAGAUGCUUCAUAAAACACUCUAGUAAAGAGUUCUAUUUCUGAUAUUUCUGAUAUAUUAAAUAUCGACUAUUAGUAAGUGGAAUUAUUCAUCAACUUACUUACUUCGUCAAAAGCAGAAAAGAUAAAGUAAUCUUUAGACAUGCUUUAGAUUUUAAAAAUAAACCCUAAAAGUGACGAAAAUCGCAUAAAAGCAUUUGCUUAAUUUAGUGCUUCUGUUUUGGAAAAAAUUGAAUAAAAAUGCUAAAACAUAUAAAAUAUUUCAAAAAAUAUCUUUUCAGAUAAACUUCAUGUUUGUUUAUUAAGAAAGAUUCUUUAUCAUGAAGGAGCUGUUAUUCCAUACACUGACUAUUUAGACAUAUUUAAUAUCUAUUGCGAUAACAAUAUUCCUAAAUCAAUAACUAACUUAAUAAAUUUCAGAUACGGUAUUACUGGAAACAGGAAAAGAGAUAUCUACAAUUUUUUGAAUCCUUUCAGAAAUAAUUCAGAUAAAGAUUAUAAGAAAUUUAAGAAAUCAGGUGAAGGCUAAUAAGGUUUAAUCAAAGCAGUAUAAAUCCUAUCUAUUAAUGACGAAGCUUUUAGAGUUCAACAAUUCCUUUAGUUUUUAAUUAAUACUAAUUAAGAAGCUCUAUUAAUGGCAAGCUGUUUAAUAGUCUAUUUUAGUGGUCGUUCUAGUAAUGUUGCUCUACACAUUUAAGAUAAAAAUGAUAAAAGGUAAAAAAAAGUCAAUGUAGAAUAGAUGUUGUGUAUAUUACUUAAAGUAAAACAAGAAUUCUUCGAAGCAUUUCACACUUACUUUUAAGAAGACAUAAGCUAUUGCGCAUAAACUAUGAUUAAAUUCUACCGUUAGUUAGAUUACUUAAAGUAGUAAGCAGAUGGAGAUGAAAAUACUGUUCUUUAAAAUAAUAUUACUAUUUCUGAUAAAAAUGUAGAAUAAUAUCUGAGAUUAGUAAACCAUAUGCAAUUUAAUACAUCAUAUGUCUCAAAGGAUACGAAUAUUCCUAUCGAAGCAGUUGAGUUAGUGUCUAAUCUCAUGUAUAUCAAGAAUUCUAAAAAUGAAUAAGAGCGUAACGCGAUUUUUGAGUCUAUGAGGAGCAACACUUAUAUAUAAAAGCUAUUCUAACAAUUAGGAGUGAAUCAUUAUGAAUUGGUAGCUUUGAUUAAAAUAAUGUACUAAGACUAUGAACCUUCUAAUAUUAAAUGGAUUUCUAAAUCUCUCAAGCUACCUCCACAAUUCAAAAUUGAUGGACUGUAGUAGUUGGCUAUGAUAGAUUAGAUACUUCCAAUCUACGGUGAGUCUUCUCAAAAUAAAAAAUAAUUAGCUAACUUAAUUAAGACAAACAAGUUUAUUAAAAUUUUCAAAAUUGAUACUACCUGGGCUGAAGUUGCUUAUAUUUUAUGUAAAGGAGAUUUCUGUCUUCUUUCUAAAUACUAAGAUGUUUUAAUACCUCUCAAGUAUCCUUCUGCUGUAAGAUUUGAGUAAGUUUUAGAUAAUUAUGAGCUUUAACAAUCAAGAACUUUAACAUAGGCAGUUAAUGCAAAAGAAAAAAAGUAUAUCUCUCUCGUACAAGGCUUGGUUGGUUUGCUUUCUUGUAGAUACUCUAGCUUCAAAACAACUGAAUUCCUUUAUCAGCUUUAUACAAAAAUAAGUUAGAAAUAUGUGAAAGAUGAACAUGUAACUAUCGAGAGAGAGAAAGGAAUUAAAAAAGGUAAUACUCUUCAAUAUGCAAUAUAUAAGUUUACUAAAAGCACAUUAAUGAGUCCUGUAUGGACAUUACUUAUGAUGGGUGAUCAAAACACUUGGGAGUUCUUAGCUUAAAGCCACUAUUUUAUUAAUGAUAAAAAGAAGCCUUACCUUAAUCCGAUUUUGGCUUUGGUUUAUGUUCUUAACUUUAGAUCAAAUCCUUUAAUUCUUAAAUAAUUACUUGUCGAUUUAGAAUACGCUUAAAGAUGCUACUAAAUUUAUGUUGCUAAAUUGAAAGCAGAAUGUUUAAAAAUGACUGAAUAAGAAAAUAAAUAAGAAUAAAAUCAAUAUUCUAAAGAUAAUAGUAUUGAUGAAGAAGUUGAAGAAUAUAUGUGGUAGGAUAUCUAAAAUGAAGACAACAAAUAAACAGAUAAGGAUGAGAAAUAAAUUAGUGAUUAGUAAAAAAAGCUUAAUGAACUUCAGAAAAAAAUAGAAGAAUUUAAGAAUAAAAUAGAAGAAUUUAAGAAUAAAAUAGAAGAAUUUAAGAAUAAAAUAAAUUUAAUUUUAUUUUAUAGUCUGGAAAAGGAUGGUGAAAAGCUGAUUCAAAUUGCAGAAGAAUUUAACUUCCCUAAAAAAGUUAUUUAAAUGAUCUUAGUUUAUGAAGAUGAAUAUAAAGAAAAAGUAAAAGAGAACAUGGAGGAAGAGAAAAAAGAAGAAGAAGAGGAAGAAAAAGAAGAAGAUGAAGAAGAAGAAUAAGAAUAAGAAGAAGAUGAAGAUGAAGAAGAAAUCAGAUUGACUACUAGUUUAAUUAAGAAGGCUUUUAAAUCUUUAAAAAGAAGGGAUAUGUAAUAAUUAUCAGAACUUGAAACGCUUAAUAAAGUCUUUGAAUAAAUUGGAACUUAUUUAUACACUGAUCCAAGAAGAGAAAGAAUGAAUUUAAAUCAUGAAGAAACUAAUUUUACUAAUAGUUACUGUUUGCAUACUCACACUUCAAGUCCUAUUAUGUAAAUGAUUGUUUUGAGCACAAUUUCAUAGCUUAAAUUAUCAUAUUAUGAUUUCUACGGAUUUAACGGACGUGACGAAGAUCACUAUAAGCAAGUAACGUUUGCUAUCGAUCUUAUAUUAGGAACUUUGGAGAAGUAUUAUUAUUUCGAUGAUAUGAUGGAUUUCUUCCCUCGUCACAGACUUAUCCCCUUAAUAGGUUUAUCAGUUGGAUUUAUCAUCGAAUCAGAUGAUAUACUCUCUUCUAUGACUUCCAGUAAUAUAUUUGGCUAAAGCUAUUUCACUGAAGUAAUUAUCUAGCUCUGCUAUAAAGUGUAUAAUAAAUAAUAUGAAGAGGAACAAUAAAAUGGAGAAGAUUAAAAAUUAAAUCAAUAGAAAUUCUAAAAAUUCAUUGAAUUACAUAAAUUUAAUCUUAAAUUAAAUUAUUUUAUAAAAAUAAUUGUUGAUUAUAAUAUUGCCUAUUAGCUUGAAUACAAUUAUUCUUAAACUGGAAUAUUUAGAGGUAUAUCUUAAGAAGAUGUAUUAUUUGAACUUCAAUUAUAAAAUUUAGACAGAUUAAUAGAUAAUUAUGAUGAAAUGAUGUGGGAUUGCUUUGAAAAUAAAGAAAUUCUUUAUCAUAUAACUGACUCAAAGUCGUACUCAACUUACACAAAACGUGGCAAUCAUAUUGAUAGAGAUUCUUACGAUUAAAUUGAUCAUUAUUCAGGAGAAAAAAAGAAAGAUUUGUUUGAAUAUUUAGAUAAUUACACAAAAGUAGCUGAAACAGAAAACUUUAAAUUUAUGAUUGAUAUUUACAAAGAAAAUUAUAAAUCUUUGAAUGACAAUGAUUAUUUUUCAGUUAAUUAUGGAUAAGAUAGUAACAUGUAUUUUGGUACCUUGAACCUAAAUGGAAUCAUACAAUAAUAAAUGAAAGAAAUUAAAAUGGAAGAAUUUUCAUCUCACGUUACUUAAGCAUCCCUCUAUAUGACUAGUAACAAAAAGGUUCUUGCAGAAAUUCUAAGUUUGCUAAUUCCUUCUAUUAAAUCCAAUUUUACUUCAUUAAACGAGUAGCUAAACAUUUCUGAAGAAAAUCUUUCAAGUUUUAUCAAUCUAGCUAUGAGUAAGAGUAUAGAUCAAACAAAUGAUUUAAAAACCAUGCUAAAUAAAUCUUCAUUGUCAGAUUCUAAUAUAGAUGUACUUGACAAUUGUAUGUCAGCUUAUCAAGGUGACAUGAGCGAAUGUUUAGAUUUGAUUUACCAUUCUUCUGCCUUCAAGAAAUCUGCAAAAUCAAUUAUUUUAUUCACUAAAUUCUUUUGGUCAUUUGAAGAAAGCUCCAUGCAUAAAAAUACAAAUAAUCCAUAUGAAAUAAAUUAUUUUAACUAUUGUAAUCUAUCGCCUGACAGAAGUAAAGCCUUAAAAAAAGCUUAGAAGUAUUUAUGGAAAAUUAGCUAAAAUAUUUGCUACUAAAAUUGGAUUGAACAAAAUCCUAAAAAAAAUAAAAUUUCUUUUGAGGACUACAAACUAAAAUAAAUCUAUAAAGGAGAUAAAAAUGUUGAGGAUAAUCAUAUGUCUUCACUCCUUCAGAAAAUCCUAUAUAAUGAUUGGAACUUCCUGAUAUCAUAAGAAAAAGAAUAAUUGCAGUAUGCAUUCAAUGUAAUAUUUAAUACAAAUAAUGAAUUAUAAUGCCUAGAAAAACUUUAAAUUCUUGCACUUUUAAAGCCAUAAGAAUCUGGCCUGAAAGUUUCUUCUGAAAAUUUAGACGACUAUGUAAAUUGCACCAAGGUAGAUAACAUGAUUAGAGCAGGAGGUGACUUGUUCUCAAACCCCUCUGAAGCAAGACAUUUACAUUUACUUUUGAGUUUAUCCAACAAUUCUAUUGUCCAUAUCUUAAACUGUUUAAAUACUUCUAAAGAAGAAUGGAAUUUUGAUUUCGAAAAAGAAUAAGAAGAAGUAAAAAUAAAUGGUAAAGUUGCAGAGUAUAUCAUAGAAAAUAAAUUAGAUGUUAAGUCUUAAGAAAACUAAAUCUUUUAAAAAUACAACUCUCUUAAAAAAGAAGCUUUAGAAAAUCUAAGAAUAUAAUCUUAUAUAGAUGAGAGUGAAGGUAUAUCGUCAAGCAAAUAUUUAUCUUAUAUUCUCUAAUCUCUUUUCUUAUGGAAGAACAUUUCUAACAUCAAGUGGGAUGAUGUUUUUAAAAACUCAUAGGCUUUUUUAAAUAAUCCAUACCAAUUUAAAGAAUCUAAAAAUUAAAUAGAUUUUUUGCUUAAUUAUAUUUAAUAUUUAUCAAUUUUGCCUGCUUUUAUUCUAGAUAAAGUAAGUGCUAAAUCAUCUCCCAGCAACAAGAGAAAAGAUGCUUCUAAAUUAAAAAAGUAAAAUCCUAGAAAUACUGUUAAUUAAGAAGAAACAUAUGUAUCUAAUAUACUGAAAUAAAUAAAAUUCAAAAGCUUAGACACAGAAAUAUUUACUAGACACAUAGCCUAUGAAAGCAAUUCUAUUUACUUAAUUUAUCAAUCUUAUGAAAAUGUGGUCUCAUAAAUGGGAUAAAUAGCUUCUGAUUACGCAUCUUUAUGUAAAGAAGACGAAGAAGAAGAAGAAAUAGAUCAGGAGACAUUCAGAGAAAAAUUGAAAGAAUAAAUUUGUUCUGUCUCAACAAAUAUUUAUUACAUGCUUAAUUUCUUGAAUGGAAACUUCUUAAAAGAGAUAGUACAUGCACAUCCACUAAUUGAGUAUCUUUCUAAUCUUUACUUCAAAGGACUCUAAGCUAUCCAUACUCAAAAGACAGAACCUAUAGAUAAUUAUCUGUAAAAAUGCAUAGAUGAUGAAAAUUCCUUCAUCAAUAUAAUCUUGAAGGAAAAUCCAGAUUAUGCUUUUAUUUUUAUUUAAGUUUUGAAUAUAACAUUCACUAUAUCAUUCUGCACUACAAAUGAUUCAAAAAUUGAUAGACUAGAAAAAGACAAUAUCCUUAAUCUAAUAGAUUAAUUACUUUUAACUGUUGGAAGAGAUUUGCUAUAGAUUGAUGAAAAUAUUGUCAAUUUAAUAUAUGCUGUAUUCUAUCUUAUUACUAAUUAAGAAACGAAGAAAAUGAAAGAAAAUUCUAAGUUUAAAGAUAAAUAAAAUUGCUUAAUUAUAUUACUCAAAGUAGCUUUUGAAAACCCUGAUUUAUCUGACUUUUUCUUUGGGUCCCCUAAGACUGGAGAGAGUGCAGAAUAAAUUGAUAAGAUGAUAAGCACUAUAACAAACGCCUUAUAAUCGAUUUUAGAUAAACCUUCAUAAUCUAUUAAUGAUAGUGACCUUGUUAAAGAAGUCCUCAAACUGCUUAAAUACGCUAGUAAGGGAAAUUUAGAUGUAAGCAUUAUAGAAGAUGUGAUAUCCAUACUAACUGGAGAUCAUCAACGCGUUUUCAAUAUUCUUAAAAAGUUUGAAAUAGCUGAUGAAAAUAAGAUUGCUCUUAUUCAAAGAGCUUACAGUUAAGUUGUAGAUAUGCCUAUAUUUAGCAAUUAAGACAAAGCUAUUGUUGGAAGCAGUUCUACUGAAUAGUCUGAUAAAAUGAAAGAAGUUGUAAAGAAGCUUCAAGAAGGAAAAGUAACAAUUAAAGACGUCUUUAUUGCAGUUGAUGCAGAGGGUGACAAUAAUGGUACUAUAUCUAUAGAUGAAUUCUAGUCAUUCGUUAGAAGAUUGGGUAUGGAGUUAAGUAGACACAGAGUUAAUGAAAUAUUUGCACACAUUAAAAACAAAAAAUUAAACUUAGUUAGCGUUGAAAAAACAGAUGAAUUGACUUUAAAUGUAGAUGAGUUCGAAAAAGCAUUUAAGUAUGUUAACGAAAAGAAAACUUCUAUGUCACUUGAAAAAUUAGGUAUAUCACCUGCUCUACUAGUUCUCGCUCUUGGUACACUUAUAGUAAUUCUUAUACUUGUGUUUGUAUUCAUCUUCUUUGGUAUUAAUGCUUUUGCUAUGGGUGGAACAUUUGGUUCUAUAAUCAACUCGCUUAUUCCAAUGGCUGCUGCUGGAGGUGUUGCAGGAUCACAAGAAAAUAAACAAAAAAAAUUAAAAGAAGAAGAAGUUUCUAAUGCAGUAAGUCAAACUCAAGCCAUUAUUCAUUCUAAAAAUAUAUGA